AUGCCUGACAAAACAUCUGCAGUCACAUAUUCAAGCCAAUCCAGACAUUCCAGUAGAGUUUUUGCAAAGAAUCUGUAUGGAAAGGUACAUAAUUCAUGUGAAAAAAGGUUGUUUUACAAGGUGAAAGCAGUUUUCAAGGAGAUGAUUCAUGGUUUCUUUGGAGAGGCAUACAGUCUCCUUCCAAGAUAUGCUGAGAUGGUGAAAGAGACCAAUCCAGGAAGUUAUGCACUAGUGACAUGGACACAAUUAUUUGCAAAUGUCCAACCUAGGUUCAAGGCAUGCUUCUUCUCCUUUGCUGCCCAAGUUAGAGGCUUUUUGAGAGGGUGUAGGCCUAUCAUUGGCAUUGAUGGGGCCCAUCUAAGUGGUUAUUAUAAGGGGAUUAUGCUAACAGCAGUUGGAAUUGAUGGGAACAAUGAGAUCUUUGUGUUUGCUUAUGGCAUAGUAAGCACAGAGAGUGUUGAGACUUGGGGUUAUUUUAUGAGGAAUUUGAAGUGCCUUUUUCAGAAAGAGGGACGCAAUAGAGAUGAUUGGACUUUUAUCUCUGACAGGAUGAAGGUUGUUGCUGAUGCUUACAAUCCGUAUGUCUUCAACAAAGCAAUGGAGAAGAUUCAUGCCUACAAUCCAAAGGUUGUUGAUUACUUGAACAGCACCACUGAGGUUUGGUCAAGGCAUCAGUUUGAGCCAGCAAUUUGUUGUGACCAUAACACAACAAAUUUUGUGGAAUCAUUCAACUCUUGCACCAAGCCAUACAGAGAUCUACCUGUGUUAAAGCUACUUGAAGCUAUUAGGCAAUGGAGUGGGGAGCUCACUGAGUAUGCUACUAAGAUAUUGCAAACAAGAUCAGAUGAGUCUAGGUUCUGCUAUGCUACACCAUGUGGGGGUAAUGAGUUUGAGGUGAGGGAUCAACAUGUGUACUUUCCCAUUAAACUUGGGGCUGGAACUUGUGGUUGUGGAAAGUGGCAACUUUCAGGAAUCCCCUGUAAGCAUGUGCUUAGGGUGAUUUACCACCAAAGGCUGCAGGCUGUAGAUUUUGUGUCACCUUAUUUCAAAGGGAGGGCAUACAAAAGCACUUAUGCUGAGCAUAUGCACCCAAUGCCUGACCAAACCCAGUGGCCUUCUUUCAACCUGCCUGACAUACUACCACCCCCAGUGAAACGAUCUGCAGGCAGACCUAAGAAGCAGAGAAGAAGAGGUGCAAGUGAAGCAAGAAAAGGGAAGAGGCAUAGCACAAUUAAGUGCAGCCUAUGCAAGGAGUUGGGGCACAACAUGUUGACAUGUGCUGCAAAGAAACAGAUUGCAGCUGCUGAAGCAACAACUGCAGCAACCAAAAACAAUGCAGAAGCUGAAGCAAGCACUUCAAGGUCCAAGAAGUGA